GCAUCGAGUACAAGUGCAACUGCCGUCGGAGUUGGUUGGUUUGCGUCGAUGCGUUAAUUUUUUGUUAGUGUUUUUGUCAUUGAAAGUGUUUUUGUUCCAACUACUUUGCAUGAAAAUAAGUGUGCCAAAUAUAUCAAUAAAUAUUGGGGCCAAGCAAACGCCCAGAAUCAAAUGAAGGGUGCUCUUUAAAGAAUUGGAAAAAUCGCAAUCUCAAUCGCAAUAGCCAGUGAAAAACAAUGAAUGAUAUGAUUCAAUGACGUCGCGAAACCAAUCCGUGAUUCGACAAAGCGAAAGAGAAAGAAGAGAAGGGAAAAGUCACAGUGAACAGCCGACUGUGAAUAUUUAUGCGGGCUGCUGCUCCUACUGUUGACAAUAUAACUCAAAACACAAAUUAAUACAUAAAAAUAGCUCCAAAGAAUCGUAAAAAACUCACCUAUUAAAAUUGAUUAAAACAUGUGCUAGAAACAAAAAAAAAUAAAUAAAUCUUCAGAUGGGUUCACGUAUCAAAAACGACGCAAAGAAACUCUUUGAGUUUUGGUGUGAAGUCAAACCCACACACGGCAUCGAUCGUGGCAGUGUUAAUCGUAAUGGUGGAGGAACCGCAACACCCGCUGGCAUUAUUACAGAAAGCUUCCCGGAGGGCUUUCGCGAUAAGGAGGUGCUUAAUGGUAUCCCAUCGUUUGCGUUUCCCUGCGAUCUCGUAAGGGACUCUGUACAAUCCUAUUCUUUCGUGCACACAACAGGCGAUUCGAAAUGGCGUUUUGGCUUCUGUCGACACGAUCCGAAAACGGAAACAGCGAUGGUGCUGAUCACCUAUCUACCAUGGCAUGGUCCUUUCCUCAAGCUGUUAACUGUGUUAGCAGAUUUAAAACGCACUGAUCUAAAUGAGUUUCGUACCUUUCUAUCGGAAGCAUACAACAGAGGCAUACCUGAUGCGGGUGGGAGUCUAACGGUAUACUAUAACAGUGGGCAAAGCCAUUUUACAUUUGAACGGCCAUUGCCAUUUCAGCUGCCUAGCAUACCAGAAAAUCAAAAUCUAAGUCUCUAUUAUAACUUUGUGGAUUCUAAGGAUAUGAUAAGUGUGUUUGCUGCCAUGCUUGCCGAGCGUCGCAUUAUAUUCACAUCGAGUCAUUUGGAUCGACUAUCCUCGUGUAUACAGGCAGCCAAUGCAUUCCUCUAUCCCAUGGUCUGGCAGCAUAUAUUCAUACCUGUGUUGCCCUGGGAGUUUAAGGAUUACUUGGGCGCACCUAUGCCAUAUUUAAUUGGUGUGCCAGAGCCAGUGCUCGAAACUGUUUCUGCCGAUGAGCUCGGUGAAGUUGUGAUCUUAAACUGUGAUACGAAAAUGUUGGAGACUCCGUUUGAUGAUGUGCGCGCACUGCCUCCAGAGAUUGUGUCGCAGCUUAAGAAACAUUUAAGCCACACACAGGAUCAUAUCGGGGAUCGUAUUUCCAAAAUUUUUCUCGGCGCUUUGGUACAACUGAUUGGCGGCUAUCGCGAUGCUGUUGAGUUUCACGAUACCUGCAAAACGUUUAAUCGCGAUAAGUUCAUUGAAUCUCGACCCGCCCACCUGCGCCCGUUUCUUACCAAAAUGAUGGAGCUGCAAAUUUUCGCCCAGUUCAUUGACGAUCGACUCAAAAUGCUAAAUAGCGGCUUGGGCUUUUCAGAUGAAUUCGAACGGGAAACAGUUCGGUAUGCAGAGAAGAUGAAGAAACGCGGUCGCAACUAUGUCUUCCUCAAGCAUGUCAAGGACAAGACUAAUCCAGCUGUUAAGUCUGCUGUUAAAUCGGUGAAGGAGAGCUCGCGUGGUGUUAAGACCGCAUACAAGAAGUGGCGGGAUAACGGCAACGGCCACAAUCAUAAUCCUAAUCAUCAAUUCCAUUUCGGGCUGAGCUCCCCUCAGCACUCUGAUCGACCUGACGGCAGUAGCAAUAGCCUAGGAGGUUACGGGCGUAAAGUCACGCAUCGUUCGGCGCCAAGUUCACCGGUGUGCAGCAAACGCCUGGAGCGUGAGAUCAAUUUGAAUGGCAGCGCAGCACGCGAGCAACAACAGCAAGCAAUGCUGCAGUUGCCACAGCAACGACGCGCUCCUGUGCCGCUGGUUAUGUCCAGUUCAAGCAGCCAUAUACCUGCGAAUGGCUAUGCGUUGGGUGCGCCGAAUAAUGCUCAUUUCGAUCAUAUUGUGGGUGCGUCUCCUGCUGUUAGCUCGGCAAGCUCGAUCUGUUCAUCGGAGAUGAAUCUGUCGCAGGAGCUGCAGAAUCAUCCGCUGUUCAAAACGCCCGCCGUCGAUCGAAGCCUAAAGCCCAACGCUGAGCAACAACACAGCACGCGCUUACGUAGUGGCGCACCGCCGGCACGCCCACCGCCGCCUACGCUGCCAGCAUCACAGCCUGCCGCCUACUACAAUCAUCCGUAUGCGCCAAAUACGAACACCAGCAAUGGAAGCAACAGCACUAGAGGCAAUCCAUAUCCAAUCAACAACUUGAAGCCCCCCAGGCACACCUCAACGCCCACUAAGGUCCGUCCGCUGGCCAGCACAGACUCAAGCUUUGAUAACCCACCAGAUAUGCAAUCGCCUCCUAUACCACCGCGACGUCAAUGUAGUGCCAAUGUAGUGGUGGCAGCCACAGCGGCUGCUGUCAGCGCUGGCAUCAAUCGUCUGGAGCGCAAUUGCUGGCAGGAUGAACAAAACAAUUCGAUGCGCAGCUCGAACAACUCGUCAGCUUCAUCGGCAUCGGCAUCGUCUAGUUCGUCCUGCGCCUCAUUCGUGACGGCAGCUUCACGAUUCUCGCAGCUAAAUAUAUCAUCGCCCCAGAGCUCCGAUUCAGCGCCCAUACCAACGCCGCGGGCCAAGAGAGAGUCACCCCGCAGCAGUAACAGCAGCAACAACGCUCAACCAAACCCGCAGGACAGCAUGAAUGAUCUGAUAUCGCUGGACGAUAGCAACAAUACCAGCUUCGAUUUGGAGGAUUUUGAUCCACUAAAUCAGAAUGCGCGUCCAUUGCCGACGCUUGGCAAAACUUUUGGCAGCAAUCACAAAUCCAAGUCCAGCACCUUGCCCGCUGGUGUUAACAGCAGUGUAAUCAACAAUGUUGGGGGCGGCAAUAGCGUUAAUAAUCCAUUGUAUCCCUACUUUGCGCCUAAGCACAUGGCCACAGUGGCGGCUGUUACGAACCGAGUGGUGAAUCCGCUACCACCACAAAAUCAACGCAGUAGCAACAACAGGGCCAAGCCGCCGGAUGAUGACUUUGAGCUACUGCGUAAAUACGGAUUGGAUCAGUUCUCUCUAAAUACAUCAACAGAAACAACUGCUACAGGUGCCACUACAAAACCAGCUUUAACAGCAGGUGCAGGUGGCGGCAAGGGCAUGAACAACUGGACGACCUUUGAUUAGAGUGAAGGCAACGUUAACUGGAAAAGAUACCAAAAUAAGUGUGAUUAGAUUUAUGAUUCGUAUUGUAUUAUAUACAAAUAUAUACAUAUAUAAAUACGUAUAGCUAGGCCUAGGCGAUAUAUGAUAUACCAGACAAACGAAACCUUAAAUAAUAUUAUGCUAGAUAUAUAGAGCGAGAACAACAAAAAACUUGUGUUAACUAUUAACGGCUUAUUAAAAAACCAAAAAAAAACGAAAUGCAGAAGCAUCAAAUUAAUGAGCAACUGUUUCAAAAGAGAAUAAAAAAUAUUACAAAUACAUUUGACUUCCAAAUCAAAAAGACACACAAAGCAUUAGCACAUAGCGAGAAUUUAAUCCAAUUAGCUUAACAAAUCAAUUAAAAAUUCUAUUUAAAAUAUACAUGUAUAUAAAUAUUUAAACAAAAA